GGAGGAAGAGGACAAAACCUGAACGCGGCAAGUGUCUCCCAUGUGCCUACGAUGAAGAGGCUGCCAAUCCUGUCCCUGCUGCUGUGGGUGUGUGCAGUCUUCUAUGUUGGCAUCUACUUGUUUGUGGGUGGAUUUCUGUUGGUGAGGCUGGAGGUGAACAGGACCAGUACCUGUGGGGAUGUGCUCCUACCUGGAGGAGAGCAGAGAGACUUCUGCCAUGCUAAACCACGUUUCCGUAGGGCUGUGCUUCUCAUCAUCGAUGCCCUCAGGUAUGACUUUGCCCGCUUCGACCCCUCCAACACAAGGCCGCGGCCCUAUGAGAACAAGCUGCCUGUUCUGCAGGAGAUUAUGUCUUUAAGACCUUCUCACAGCCGCCUGUACCCUUUUCGGGCUGACCCACCCACAACUACCAUGCAGAGAAUCAAGGGCUUCACCACUGGUUCUCUGCCCACCUUCAUCGACGUCGGUAAUAACUUUGCCUCCAGUGCCAUCUUGGAGGACAACAUCGUUCACCAGCUGGGCCAAAUGGGCAAACGUGUGGUGUUCAUGGGCGACGAUACGUGGGAAAAUCUUUUCCCCAAGAAGUUCUACCGUUCUCUGCCCUUUCCUUCUUUCAAUGUGAAGGAUCUGCACACGGUGGAUAAUGGCAUCCUCCAGCACCUCUACUCAACCAUGGUGGGUGAUGAAUGGGAUUUCCUAGUUGCUCAUUUCCUCGGAGUGGAUCACUGUGGGCACAGGUUUGGCCCCGACCAUCCCGCCAUGGCGGACAAGCUCACCCAGAUGGAUGGGGUCAUCAGGUCUGUAAUUGACCGUUUGCAGAAUGACACCCUGUUGGUGGUGAUGGGGGACCAUGGUAUGACGGACACCGGAGACCACGGUGGAGAGAGUCAGAAGGAGACUGAUGCUGCCAUCUUCCUUUACAGCCCAUCCCCUCUUUUCCCUGGACCCCCAGCCCAGGAUGAACCAGACGUGGUCCCCCAGACAGACCUGGUGCCCACCCUGUCUCUGCUGCUGGGAGUACCGAUCCCUUACAGCAGCGUCGGUCAGGUCCUCCUGCCUCUAUUCCCUCCACAUCAGCUGACUGAAGAUGCAGUUACAGGACUCAGCCAGCUGGAGGCGCUGUGGAUCAACGCCAAACAGGUCAACCGUUUCUUGGAGACUUACUCCAGCAUGGCCAAAGACAUCCCACCAGAGAGUCUCUCCAAGCUGCAGGCCGAAUUCACCCGCCUGUCCUCUCACUACAUCGCCACGGUCCAAGAGGCUGCGGGGACCUCCCCACAGCGGAUGGCCGCCGUGCAGGCCUACCUCACCUCUGUCAGGGACACUUGCCGGGCUACAUGGGCCCGCUUCAACCCUCUCAAGAUGGCCACAGGCUUAGUCAUCCUGGGCUUUGCCUGCUUGUUGUGUGUCAUCCUCUCCGAGCUGUCGUGUGUGCUGGUGAUGGAGCUCAGACUUCUGAAGGCCCCGGUUGUGGCGGCUCUGUCGUUGGGGGUAUUUGUGGCUGCUGGCCAGCUGCUUAGUCAAGGCCACAUUGAGGUUGCAUGGUGCCUGGCCGCCAUCGCCUUUGUCUCAGAGCUGCUCUUUCUCUGGAGUACCUGUCGAGCCAGGGUAUCUGCUGUGGCUGUAAAUGGAUCCAAAGUUCACAAGCGAGCUUGUUGGUUUGGUUGGUUGACCCCACGCCAUCUCCUGGUCCCACCCCUCUUGGUGCCGCUCCUUCGCUGUGCCUCCCUGCUCUCAGACAGUUAUGUAAUAGCGGAGGGCCGCGUGGUCACCUUUCUGGUCUUCUCUCUGGGCCUGUACAUCCCCAUCCAUCUAAACUGGGAUGGGCUGCUUCUGCCCCCUAGCCACGACACUCUGAAACCCGUUGGAGUGCAGCCAUCGCCAGUUCUAUCCCCCUCGGCUGUGAGGAGGGAGAGCACCACCCUUCUGGGCUGCCUGGGACUUCUGGUGUUCAGCCUGUACCUCUCCCUGUCCUUCCAUGGCUGCCGGGAGGAGCAGGGCUCCUGCCAGCCUUCCCCGUUCCUCUCUCCUCUCUCCCGCCUACAGGACAGCCAGCUGAAGAAUCUUCACUACGUCCUCUCCUUGGCCUCCCUGGGACUGUGGACCUACCUGCUGAGAUACUGGCUCCGCCACUACGGGAACCUCAACUCCUCAGGUGGGACUGUGUUCACGGCCCGCUGGAUCCUGCCGACGCUGUGCAUCUGCCUGGGCCUCCACUGGGCGGUCAGCGCCACUCCAGAGGACAGCUUCAGAAAUCUGGCAGAACUUAUCAGUCUGGCUCAGCUGGCCCUCCCCAGGGCUGCCUUCUGCCUCCUGGGUCUGGGGCUGUUCCUACUUUGGCUUGACCCUCUCACUGUGUUUGUGAAAGCCAGGGCCGCGGCUACAUCCAGGGGUUCAUCACUGCCACUGCCCUGCUAUAGGGCAAGUACAGGUAUCAGCCCCCAGGCUGAACUUCAUCACCUCAUUCCCCAGAUCUACCAACGCAUGCGUCGUUCCCUGGAGGAUGGCGAUCCAAUUGGGGGUGCCGAAGAGGAUGGCAGGCCAGCUGUUGAGGCUUAUGGGCUGGGAACGGUUUACUCUGCCCCCCUGCUUCUGUUCUGUGGCCUGCUGGGUAUUGGACUGUUGCUGCUGCACCCAGAGGGCAUGGCUCUGUCUUUUCUCUUGCUGCUCCUGGAAAUGGGAGCCCUGCUGCAUAUCCACGCCUCCUCCAUGACCCUAAAUUGCCUGAAUGGGGUGGUCUCAGGUGGUUUCAAUGUGCCCUGGACUCCCAUAGUGCUUUGGUCCUUGGCUGCCACCCAGUUCUUUCAUGCCACAGGUCACCUGCCCACCUUCCCUUCCAUUCAGUGGGGAGCUGCCUUUGUGGGCUUCCCUGAUGGACACACGGGAACGAUACUGCCGGCCUCGUUGGUCACUCUCAACACCUUCUCGUCGCACAUCCUUUUUGCAGUGGGCUGUCCGUUACUCCUGUUCUGGCCACUGGUGUGUGAGGUACGUGGAGGCAGAGGGGGGAGGACGGGAGGGGAGGAAGGAGAGGAUGCUGUGAUGGAGAUGAGGCUGAGAGAAAACCCUCUGCAGUUCAGCUCUGCCCUCCUUCAACUCUCAACACGCUACCUCUUCAUCCAAGGAGCACAGGUCUUUGCAUCAGUCUGUGCAGCUGCUAUCCUCAGGAGACACCUAAUGGUAUGGAAAGUUUUCGCACCCAAGUUAAUGUUCGAGGCCUCCGGGUUUCUGGUGAGCAGUGGGUUUCUGCUGGUCGGUGUCAGUCUGGUGAUGAGAGUAGAUGUGGCUGUCGGCCGCUGGUUUAAAAGACUUCUCCCUGAUGCUUCAAGGUAG